AUGGAGUUUCUGAGCGAGAAAGUUUUCCCCUCAAGGAGCCCGCAGAGUAAAAACAGUGACUUUUACAUGGGCGCGGGAGGCGCGUUGGAGCACGUUAUGGAGACGCUGGACAAUGAGUCCUUUUACAGCAAAGGCGCGGCGGGCAAAUGCGUGCAGGCCUUCGGCCCCCGCGCCGAGCAUCACGUGCGCCUGGAGAGGACCUCGCCCUGUCAGGACGGCAGCGUGAACUAUGGGAUCACUAAAGUAGAAGGACAGCCACUUCACACUGAACUAAAUAGAGCUAUGGACAACUGUAACAGUCUCCGGAUGUCUCCCGUGAAAGGGAUGCCAGAGAAGGGAGAACUGGAUGAACUUGGGGAUAAAUGUGACAGCAACGUAUCCAGCAGUAAGAAGCGGAGACACCGAACCACCUUCACCAGCUUGCAGCUGGAGGAGCUGGAGAAGGUCUUUCAGAAAACUCAUUACCCAGAUGUGUACGUCAGAGAACAACUUGCUCUGAGGACAGAGCUCACUGAGGCCAGGGUCCAGGUUUGGUUUCAAAAUCGAAGGGCCAAGUGGAGGAAAAGAGAACGUUAUGGCCAAAUACAACAAGCUAAAAGCCAUUUUGCUGCCACCUAUGAUAUAUCAGUUUUGCCCAGGACUGACAGCUAUCCUCAGAUUCAGAACAAUUUGUGGGCAGGAAACGCGAGUGGAGGUUCUGUGGUCACGUCAUGCAUGGUGCCACGUGACACUUCCUCCUGUAUGACACCUUACUCUCACUCGCCUCGGACAGACUCCAGUUACACAGGGUUUUCAAACCACCAGAACCAGUUCGGCCACGUGCCCCUCAACAAUUUUUUCACUGACUCUCUUCUGACGGGGGCUGCCAAUGGACAUGCAUUUGAAACGAAGCCAGAGUUCGAGCGGAGGUCUUCCAGUAUCGCAGUCCUUCGAAUGAAAGCCAAGGAGCACACUGCCAAUAUUUCAUGGGCCAUGUAACAUACAGUACUCUUAUUUUUCUUUAAAUGGAAAAGUCAAACAUCCUUAUUUCUCAUAUUUAAAGGAUAUCACAAUAAGCUG